CAUGGGAUAAUUUAAUUUUCCUAAUGCAACUUUAACAACUUUAUUGAACAUUUGGAUGACAGAUACGCAUCCUGACUCGAGGCUGUAGAAAUAAAAUCUGACCUGUUCUCUUAUAAACGACUUGUUUAUCGUGGGAAAAGCACCGAAGAGUAACUUUAAAAGAAAGUACUAGCAGUCCUUACUAAAGCUCCAAGACAAACCGCAAGAAUUCAAAGCAGCUUUUGGAGUUUCAUCUGAAUCACUGGAUACCAGACGAGCAUGAGCAACUGUUUCGUUUAUUACCUUACCGGUAAAUACUAAAAAUCUUGGGAAGCAUGAUGGAAAGGAACUGAAAAUCUGUGUUUAUACAUUCCCACAUUAUUAUUCAGAUAUUCAGUUAGGCCUAUAAUGGGUGAUUGCAUUAGUCUUUUCAUCUUAACGGGCGCAAAAAUUGUAUUUCACCUGUCAUUUACCUGAAGAUAUCUCAAGUAAUGUUUUUGCGCACUCUGGGAACUUUGCGCAAUCUUCUUUAGAAUAGAAUACAUGAGUGCAUAAAUUACAUUUUAGGCAGUGCUUAAGGAGGUAAAAGUUCGAAUCUGACAGCAGAGCUGCUCAUUCACCUGGCGAACACACACCGCGAGCAGCGCAACCUACGCACUUUGGGUUUGUCCCAUUGCAAGAGCGGACCGCUCAGUGUUUCCGAGGCCAUCCAGAGGUUCUGGUGUUAAAGAGGAGCGCACCCGACCCUCUAAUCCGGUCAAUCAAUCAUGUGGUUCAUCAAUCUGACUUUGCUCAUUCUCAAACUGUCCGUGUCUGCGGAGGGAUUCUCGACGUGCCAUUCCUACAACUUGGACGACCACAAAUCCAAAAGGAUCGAGGCAGUGCGCGGACAGAUUUUGAGCAAGCUGCGCAUCCGGAGCCCACCGGAUCCCGAGGCUAGUCCGUCGCCGGAGUCGGUGCCGGUGGAGGUGAUGUUACUUUACAACAGCACGAAGGAGCUGCUCAAAGAACGCGCGCGCCAGGCCGAAGCCGCGUGCGACCGAGAGAGCAGCGAAGAGGACUAUUACGCAAAAGAGGUGCAACGGGUGAAUAUGAUGCCGCAGCGCACAGAUUUGAACUCAAUCAACCUGGUUCCUCAGAGCCCGUUCUUCAGGGUUGUGGGUUUCGACGUCACCAAUGUGGAACGAAAUUCUAGUACUUUAGUCAAAGCAGAAUUUCGCAUCUUUAGAGCGCCAAACCCACAAGCGCGCACCACAGAGCAGCGUGUGGAAAUAUACCAGAUUCUUAAACCUGAUGAUGUGACGGCUCCAUCUCAGAGGUACAUUGACUCUAGAACAGUCGAUCCUCGAGCAAAAGGGGCAUGGCUGUCUGUUGACGUCACAGAGACUGUGAAGGAAUGGAUGGCGUUCAGAGAGAGAAAUCUAGGGUUGAAGAUCAGUGUUCACUGUCCCUGCUGCACAUUUGUCCCCUCCACAAACAAUAUUGUUCCUAACAAGAGUGAAGAGCUGCAGGCCAGAUUUGCAGGGAUUGAUGAUGACCUCAUAAAGCAGAACAGAAGACCAGGCGCUAUUAAAGGACAGAUUGAAUUUAGCACUAAAACUCCCCACUUGAUACUAACCCUGUUGCCCACCGACCGCAUGGACAACCCCACCAAGAAAAACCGCAAGAAGAGAUCUGCCGCAGAAACAUCUAUAUGCUCACGGACUGACCAGGGCUGCUGUCUGAGGUCUCUGUAUAUUGACUUCCGUCGGGACUUGAACUGGAAGUGGAUCCACGAACCAAAGGGCUACAAAGCAAAUUUCUGUGCAGGGAAUUGUCCCUACCUCUGGAGCGCAGACAACCACUACAACAUGAUUCUUCCUCUGUAUAAUAAGAUGAACCCAGAGGCCUCUGCAUCUCCAUGUUGUGUUCCACAGGAUCUGGAGCCCCUCACCAUUGUUUAUUACCUAGGCCGAACCCCUCGUGUGGAACAGCUCUCCAACAUGGUGGUCAGAUCCUGCAAGUGCCGUUGAUGCAGAAGACAUAGAUAUCCCUAAUGGAGGAUAGAAAACAGGUGGAUGAGACAUACAACAAACAUCUUAAUGAAUGCUACAUUGUAACAAACUUCUGAGGAUGACAAGGAGGAAGAGCAUUUAAUCAUUCCUUUAAACAGAUCAAGUAAUAAAUUCAGGUGCCACGACCAGCAUAAUAGUCCCCUGCGUUGUUCAUAGUUUAUUAAUCAUAAGCUUUCUGACAGUUAUAACUCCUCGCAUUCUCAGUAUCGCAGCAGUGAUGCACAGAAAAUACGCCAGCAAUCUGUACGAAGUUUAUUGCAGAUAGGUUUAUAUUUUUGGAAUUUGCAAAUGUAAAUAGUUUUGGUGAUGUUUAUAUGUGAUUAUUUACUGAAUACAAUAAAUUUUGAAUAUGUAAUAUUUUUGGUGGUUUUUAUAUUUGUUUUCAUCACAUUUAUAGACCUCUCUCAAAGUAGAUUAUUGGCUGUGGAUUUAAAUGUUCAGUCUGGACAGUUUAUCCGUGUCAUCGCCCAGCAAGUGGCCUUUGCUCAAGGUUUCCUUUUUUUCUUCAAACGAUAACUGUGUGGUCUACUCUCGCUGAAAAUGCAGAUUUGACUAGUGGACUCACCAGUUAGAUCCGGUUCGAGGUUAGAAAAUCUCCGGCGUAAACAGGAUGUGAACAAUUUCCAGACACCGACCACUCAUGGAAUGCCAAAUUUAAACGCUUGGGGUUCAGGGUUUGUGGUGACAUGGCAGAAAGAACAGUGGGCCAAUGAAAAAGAGAGACACACACAGCCAAAAUCAUACCUCUUUCACUAUAAACGCCUGCAGGAUUUUUAAAAUGCAUUCAGCGCUUUGAUUUGUAUAAUGUGGCAGUACCCUCCACACCCUAUAAUGCUGAGCAAUGUCAUUUUGUCUG